UUACCACCGACCGCCGCCAUUUUUCAUCCCGCUCAACAUUAAACUAACUUUUUAUCAUCACAUAUUUAUGCUCGUCUUCAUCUCAUUACAAUAAUUUUAAUCAUCACAUACAUUGCAACAACUAAUGUUAACAUGUUACUAAUGCUUAAUUGUAGUACUAAUAUCUAGCAGUAGUAAAUUAUUAUUAUUUUUUAUUCUGUUAGAAGUAUUACUAUGAGAGAUUGUGCCAAUUCUAUGUAUCUCAUUUCCUUUUUUUUUGUGCCAUGCACUGUAGCUGACUUGGCUCCUGAACCACCCGUCCGGCCUGAACCUGUGCCCUCUGCGUCGAAAGCUGCUGCGCCAGAAAAGCAGCCUCUGCCCACAGAGGAACUGCUGCUGCCAGAAGGCUGGAAACAGACACUUCCCAAGGAGCAGCAUUUGUGGGUCAGCAAGGCUCUUUUCACCAGAGACAAGUCUGGCAGACUGGCGCUGACUAAAAACUUGCGUCUCUGGUGGCAUCCUCCUGGGCCCCGUCCUUUGUAUUCUCAACCUCCUUCAUCACCAGAUGCCUUUUAUCAUGCAAGGCUGUUCCUGUGGGUCCCUUAUCGCUUGUGGGCAUACCGGCUGCUGUGUUCACAGCCUAACUGUCGGCGUCUUGGUUUCCCGAUGACGGCGUGUGGACUGUACAGGACGGUCAGGAAAGUCUUGGACGUCAGUGGCUGGUACUACAUGGCUACAGAAUAUCUUGAAUGCAGGUCCUGCAAAAAAAAGCUAGCAGCCUGGUCUCAAGAUAUUCUUAGCCAGCUUGAUCCUGUCCACAGGGAAAUGUUUCCUGCAGUCUUGACCUACAGGCUGUCCUGUGAUAAGGAGAUUGUGAACAGUGCAACGUCUGCCUACCGAAGCCUGUGUGUCAGGCACAGAGAGCAAUGGAUUGCCCAGACAACCCAUUAUCUCUCUGUGGUUGGGAAGUUCCCAGACUGCACCACAGAUCCCAGCAGUCUCGCUGCCCGGCUACCUCAGAUGGUGCCUGUGCCUUGUCCGUCAUGGCUGCUGUCAGUGUAUGCUAAAGAUGUACUGACACGGCUGCCUGAACUAAAGGCUAGGGUGACCUCCAUCUAUGGAACCAUCCUAAAGAUGGAUUCCACUAAAAAGGUAAAAAUACACACACUGAUAACAUCAUUGCCACAUUACUGUUUUGUUAUUUAAUUUAUUUGUCACAAUAUGUUAUUUUCCAACCGUAAAACAACAGGUCUUCUAUAAUAUUACUAUAUUUCAUCCUGUAUUAGGUCACUAAGAAACUGGCUGAUGAGGCUGCUGGCACUGCAGCAUGGGUCACAGAUGUGGGCAACGAGUUUGGCCAGGUUCUCAUGUGUGUCCUCACUGAGGCAGAGGGUGAUGGCCUGCUUCCCAUGUGCUCUGGACUCGUGGAGCGCUACCGGAGAGCUGGAGAAGUUCCUCCCCAACUUCUCUAUGUGGACCGGGACUGUUGCUCUGCCACUGGGAAAGGAAAGGCGGCUGCAAUGUUUAGCGAGUGGGACCAGCUCAUUGUCAGGCUGGAUGUGUGGCACUUCAUGCGGCGGUUUACCGUUGGAGUGACCACAGACAGCCACCCGCUUUAUGCACCCUUCAUGAAGCGCCUCACUGCUUGCAUCUUUGAAUGGGAUGCUUCAGAUGUGGAGAGGCUAAUGGAGGCCAAGCGGUUGACAGGCUGCCAGCCCACUGCCAAAGAACUGGCAAAGCAUUGCCCCCGCCGCACUCGAGGGGCCCAGGAGACCAUGCAGCUUCUUGAGAAGCUGCUACAAGACUUCAUGGGGGCCACUGACACCAUGGGGAUUAGACUUCUGGACCAGGAGAGGAUGCAAGAGAUCUGGCAGACCCAGCAGCGCCACGUUCAUUGCAUCCAGGACCCGCCAGGUGUACAGCUGUACAGGAAAACAGGGCAGGUGACCAGGGAGGGGGUCAUUCUGCCAGUGUAUCGCUGUGCACGUGGCUCCACAUCUCUGGAGUCAUUCCACCUGCACCUAAAUCGCUUCGUC